AUGGCUUUGAUUUGCUUGGCUGUCGCGACUCUUUCUACGUCUCAAGUGGGGCCCGUCUCUGUUGCAGCCAGUUGGGAUGAAAGAGAGGGUUUGCCAGAGGUGGAUGAGGCGGAUCUAGACCUCAAUGAAGAUUUUGUUGCUACACCAUCUGCUACUGAACUCGCAGCGAGGGAGCAGGAGAAACAGAAGAACUUAUAUGACCAGGAAACCACAGAUUACUCCGAACAGUUUGAUGUUGACGAUGGCGAUGAGCUAGAGGAGGAGACGAGUAAAGAAGUGGGGGUUGAGGUGGCAGAUUUAGGAGGGGAUAUCGACCUUGUGGACAGCUUAGAGGACCUUGAGGAUCGAGAUGUUGAUAUGACAGUGGAACAGCCAUUAAAGAACACGGCUCCGGAUACUGUGGAUCCCAAACCGAGCGGUGCUGAAGGCAUCGGUGAGCAGCUCAGUGGUCACAUUAUACAAACGAAAGACGAGGAUGGAAUAGAACUGGACACUUCUCUUCUCACCGCUGAAGAAUAUCGCUUUGACCCAAACAUCAAGGAGUUUAUUGACACGGUGCCAAAGUUUGAUACAAAGCAGAAAGAUAAGAAGAAAAGGGAAGAGGAACUCAAGCUGCAGCGGAAGCUGAACAACAGCAUGGGCAUCUACAAUACCGAGAUGACUGUUUUUCGCGAGGUUCAGGAGAAGAAUAGAGGGAGAUUUACAGGUGACAUUGAAAAUGCAGAGGCAGAGCUGCAGGCCCCUGAAAGCCCCGGGCCCUUCAAGCGACUCUACGAUUGGUAUGAUAGUCGCCUGAAAUCGCUUGCAGAACGAUAUGGAUCAGAGCAAAAGGAAUGA